AUGGCGCCUUCUAUAGCCGACGUGGUUGCACAAGAUGCACUCUACCACAAGACACGCACGCUGUUGGACUUGCUCACUCUGAAAAACAAGGUCACAGUGCUUACAGGUGCUGGUCGGGGCAUUGGCUUGUCGCUUGCGAGAGUCGCAGCAGAGCUGGGCAGCGAUGUCGCGCUACUCGACGUCCUUCCAAACCCGCCCGAGGACAUAAAAGAACUGGAGGAGCGUUUUGGGAUCCGUGCCAAAUACUACCAGGCCGACGUGACCAACCUGCCUCAGUUGACGGAAGUGGUUGACAAAAUCAAGACCGAAUUCGGACAGAUAAACAACUGCGUUUCCGCUGCAGGGAUAUGCAUUGACAAGCCCUUUCUGGAUCACACGUGGGAUGACAGCGUCAGAACCGUCAACGUCAAUAUCCUGGGAAGCUUUUUCAUCGCGCAGCUCACUGCCAAAGCCAUGAAGGAACAGAAAAGCGGUGGCAGCAUUGUGCUGGUCUCAUCUUCUGCAUCGCACAUCUACACUACUUCGCGCUGUAUGUCCAUUUAUAGCGCAUCGAAAGGCGCCAUCUCGGCCUUGACGACGAAUCUUGCCGUGGAGCUGGCCGAGCACGAUAUUCGUGUCAACGCUAUUGCGCCUGGCUUCAUCGCGACGGAGAUGGUCGUUGACCAGGCAAGUACCGAUCCUCAGCUAUGGAUCGAUUUCAACGAGGCGAUUCCAUUGAAGCGAAUGGGAAGACGGGAGGACCUCAAAGGAGUGGUGGCGCUACUACUCAGCCCUGCUUCUUCCUUUAUCACCGGCGGGGAAUACGCGGUUGAUGGAGGAAUGACAUGCGGGAGGAAAUGA